GCUCCAAAUCCAGCGCCUCUAAGGGUUCCAGUUCCUCCUCUGGCCCCAGCGCUAACCUCAACCUGCCCCAGUCCUUUGGCAGUGCCAUGGGCUUCUCUCUCUCUGAGACGCUCCCCUCCACCCCUGCUGGACUCCCCAGUUUCGCCCAGAACUCCUCUGUGUCUGACCCCGCUGGCCCCCUUCUCCCCCCCCAGGACAGUAUAACCCACAUGGCUCCCAGCUCCGACCCCAACAGAUGCUGGCCCAUCCGGCCCACCCUGAGGAACGAGCUGGACACCUUCUCCGUCCACUUCUACAUCUUCUUUGGUCCGAACAUCUCUGUUCCUCCGGACAGGGCUGCUGUGUUCGCCAUUAACCUCAUGCCUGUCCUGGACAGUGGGGGAGUCCUCAAUAUGGAGCUCAAACUCAACCUGUCUUCGUUGAGAGGAGAGAACAUCACGGUAUUUGGCUGUCUGAACCACGGCAUGCCCCUGUCCCUGAGAGACAACUCCUCUGUCAAAUGUGAAUCAGAUUCAGUAUCAGGUUUCCUGUUGUCAGUAAACUCCAGCUCCAACGUCACUAAAUUGAGGAUCCCCUACCCCCAGACGGGCACCUGGUACCUCAGCCUGAGAUCCCUCUGUGCCACCGAACAUGGGUUUGAGCCAUGCUCUAACAUGACAGCGGAGGUGUACCUGCGCUCCUAUCUGACCCCUUGCGUCAACGACUGUGGGACCUACGGACAGUGCAAACUGCUGCGCACUAACAACUACCUGUACGCUGCCUGCGAGUGCAAAGCAGGCUGGGACGGAUGGGGCUGUACAGACCCCUCGGAGGCGUAUUCCUAUAGUUUCCAGCUCCUGUCCACCUUGCUGCUCUGCCUCAGUAACCUGAUGUUUGUUCCUCCUGUGGUGAUCGCUGUCCGCAGCCAUUACCUACUGGAGGCCUCCGUAUACAUCUUCACCAUGUUCUUUUCUACUUUCUACCAUGCGUGUGACCAGCCGGGUAUCGUGGUGUUCUGUAUCAUGGAAUACGAUGUUCUCCAGUUCUGUGACUUUCUGGGUUCCCUCAUGUCUGUCUGGGUCACCGUCAUCUCUAUGGCCCGGCUCAAGUCUAUCAUCAAACAGGUGCUGUACCUGCUCGGGGCCAUGUCUCUCUCCAUGGCUCUCCAGUUGGACCGUCACGGCCUGUGGAACCUCCUGGGACCCUCUCUCUUUGCCCUGGGCAUCAUGGCUGUAGCCUGGACGGUGCGUACAGUGCGACGGCGGCGCUGUUACCCUCCAACCUGGAAGCGCUGGGUGUUCUUUCUGUUCCCGGGGACGAUGAUCGCCGUUUCAGCCGUGGCGCUCUAUGCCUUCGUUGAGACAGAGGACAACUACUUCUACAUACACUCUAUCUGGCACAUGUUGAUCGCAGGCAGCGUGGGCUUCCUGCUCCCGCCCCGCGCCAAGUCCCACGCCAAGGUCACGCCUCUGAAACGUCGGAGGGGGUGUGGCUACCAGCUGUGCGUCAACGAGCAUGAGGAGAUGGGAUUGGUGGAUCCGGUCCCUGCCAUAGUCGCUAUCAAUAGUAUUAGUAUCAGCUGA